CGGAUCUUGUACCAGGUCGAACCAAUAAAGCCUGCCGCAAGCGGUGGUUGCAUUCGCUUCGUCCUCAGCUUAGGAAAUCAGCAUGGACACCAGCUGAAGACACCCUUCUGGUCGAAUUGUAUACGUCACAUGGUCCCAAAUGGUCAGCGAUCGCAAGGCAGAUUGAAGGUCGAACAGAUGAUGCCUGCUCCAAACGGUACCGAGAGGCACUAGAUCCCAAUCUGAAGAGGGAUGAGUGGACGCUUGAGGAGGAUUCUAAGCUGCUUGAGGUAUACAACCGAAUAGGAGGGAAAUGGGGACAGCUCGGCCAGGAUCUGAGGCGGAGCGGGCUGGCAUGCAGAAACAGAUUUCGACUCCUCAAUCGCGUCCGUCCUAAAGCAAAGCCUGCUGCCCAGUCCGCCGAUCUGGAUGAAGCACUCGAUGCGCCGUUGGGGAACGACUGUGCUCAUUUUUCGCGGGCCGAGUUUGAUGUUCUCUACUACCCUCCGGAAGCGUACCCUUCCGCUUUUGGGAACAAUCUGCCGCUCGGAGAGUCCCUUUUUCGAGAACCCACUCCCCAAAUGCCCGAAAUGUUCCAAGCUCCCCCACCGUCUCUCUAUUCUUCGUUUUCACUGACCGCCGCACUCUCCGAUCCACCGAGAAAGUCUUUGCCCCUCCCUCCUGUACCCGAAGAAUCUUACCCCGUCGAUGGGGUGUGGAAUCUCUCGCCUCUCCAAGCGUCGUCAAGUGAUCUGUUCGCAUCUUGCUCCUCGACGGUUCUGCGGCCCGAGACACCAUUAGUCUCGGGGUUAUCGGAUCUUCCUAGUCCCUCAUCGAACCAUUCGAGUCCAUGGCGAUCUCCUGCGAGCAGCUUCACGGGUCUGCUGCCACCGUUGACCGAAAGUCAAGCCACUUCCCCGUUUGGGUUCAUACCUGCGUUGGAUCCAUCGUCGUCUUCGUCUUCGUCGCCAUCUCCCUUCGUUCCGCCGGCUUCGUUAUCACCGACGGAAAGCCCAGUGUCAUGCUCAGCUGUUGAUCUGCCAGAAGUGCAGCCAGAAGUUCGCAGUCCGCAUCCCUUUCCAGACUCCUUGCUACUUGCUCCUCUGGAAUAUUACCCGCCGCUUCCCCCGAAACCGAAAAGAAUCAGGCCUAGGAAACCAGCCAAGCCACUCAGCGAAAUCCGGCUGUCUGGAGAUUUGCCUGUCAGCGACGAUAAUGUUCGAGCUUACGCAUGCGGUCGACCUCCCUGCUGGGAACCUGGCGCUUCAGCCGGUUCCCACUGCUUCUCAACCUCAAAGGAAUUGCUGGAGCACUGCAGGACCUGGCAUGCACCAAACGAUGGAUCUGUCAGCAGACAAGUGUUCGUUAACAAGAACACAGGUCUCUCUGAGGCGUUCCGGUGUGGAUUAGCCGGUUGCAACAAGUCUUGGAAGACUUUAAAUGGAUUGCAAUAUCAUUUACAAGUCUCUGCAGCACACUUUCGGCAUGCUGUUUCCUCUCACAAAGAUGCGGUGGAGGGGGAUGGCCAACGGAUGCACGCCUGCUCGGAACCUGGAUGUUCCAAGGCCUACAGGCAAGCUACUGGUCUUCGUUAUCAUUUGAAGCACGGUCAUAAGAACGUGCCCGCGCAGUUGAGUUCCGUUCCCCCAACACUUGCGCGGGAACUGGCACAACCGAAGAAAACUGCCAAGAAUUCCACUAAUGACGGAUCUGGAGAACCUCCACCUCCAUGAACUGAUACUGUCCUGCACACCAAACAUCUGUACGCAUACAAUCCAGCAUCCCUAAUGUACUUAUUACAUCUAUUCCUACAUAUUAUCUUCCCCCUCCCAUUCCACCGAAUUGUUGUGCUCUGUGGCGACAUGCCAUCAAAAACUUGUAUCACACUGUAUCCAGUCAGGACUCACAGGUUGCGCAUAGCGGGAUCGCUCAUAAUCUCAUCCAUGGACGGCAUCGAUCCUCCAUUUUGAACGCGAUUCAUCAUCUGCGUGUCCCGUUAGACCAUCUCCGUAAAAUAAGCGGAGGACGUACGUUGGCAACAGCUGGGUUCUGCAUCAGAUUGGCCAGACCUCCGUUGGACAUCAUUUGCUGAGCCAUGGCCAUGAGCUGGGGGUUGUUCAUCAUGCUCGCGAUGUCGGGCAUGCCGCCGCCUCCGCCUCCGAGCAUAUCAGCCAAACCACCCAUUCCAGGCAUGCCCCUGCACUACCGCCCGGUGCCCGAGUAGCGGCUGACGCAUCCGACGUGAGCGUGAUAUCUUCGUCGUCGUCGUCCGGCACGAUUCGGGCCUUCGAGUUCUCGUAGCCGGAUUUGAGACCAGCGUUAUUGGGUUCCAGCUUCAGGCCACGCUCGAACGCGUCGGCGGCGGCACGGAAGUCGAGCAGCGAGUACUGUGCGUGUCUGGAUACAUGUAUCAGCAACCGGACAGGUAAGGAUGGGCUGUGACAGAGGCGCGUACCCGAGACGGUGGUAAGCCUUGACGAACGACGGAUCUACGGAGAUGGCUUUCUCGGCAUCGCCGACAGCAGAGAGAUGAUCUCCCUUGCUGCUGUAGGCCGCGGCUCGGUUCGAGUAGUAGAUCGCGUUCUGGGGGUCCAGAUCGAUUGCCUGGUUGUAGGCUUCGAUGGCCGCAUCGUACUGCUUGCUGCUCAUGAGCGUGUUGCCCGUCUGCUUGAACUUCUCGGCCUUGGCCUUGUCCUCGGCGGACGUACCCUGGGGCACUGAUGGUGGUGCAGUGCUGGAAGAUGCAGCGGACGCUGGGGUAGCACCAGCUGCGGCGGAGGAUCCGACCUUUUCCCUCGUCUUCAGGAAGACGUCGAAGAUUGUCGGGAGCGUGGCAGGCUUGACACUGAGUUUCCCGACCUGCUGCUCAUCGGAUGGAUCGACACCAAACGCUUCACCGAUACACUGGACUGCGAAACACGCGUGUUAUUUCGAAACUACUCAUGCGCUCGACAUACUGACUGGCGACUUCCAGACUCUCUUUGUCAUCCGCCUUCACCGUCCCAUCGCCAAUAGAUUGGUUGAGAAAGUCGAUUAUGCUCAGCACGAGUCGUUGUUGCUUCUCGGACAUCUAUGCGGUCGUGUCAAGAAGUAAGAGGUGGGAAAAUUACACAACAAGAACAAACUUCUUGGAAUCAACGUUCAAGUCGGCCGUUCCACAAAACACUCGCAGCGCUCGGCGGGACACUAUCGAUCAUGUUCUUCUGCGCCCUCUCUGGAGAACCUCCUCAGGAACCUGUGGUCUCCGCCAAGUCGGGGAAGGUGUACGAGCGCCGCCUUAUUCUCAAAUACAUCACCGAGAAUGGCACAGACCCAAUCACUGGAGAGAAACUGGAGGAGUCGGACCUCAUCGUCAUCAAGGCUUCACCUGAAACCGCUACGCCUCGUCCUCCCACUCUCAACUCCAUCCCCGCUCUUUUAAACGCGCUUCAAAACGAGUGGGAUGCCCUGGUCCUCGAGACCUUUGCUCUCAAGCAGCAGUACAACUCGACACGACAGGAAUUGAGUUAUGCGUUGUACAGCCAGGACGCGGCCAGUCGCGUCGUUGCGCGUCUAAUCAAGGAGCGAGACGAGGCGAGAGAGGCUCUGAGCAACGUUUCAUCCACGAUGGGAUUGGCUCCGUCGUCUGCUCCUGAAGAUGUUGAUAUGACUGAGGAGAGCACCGGGCCUGUGAUGCCCAAGGAAACCCUCGAGAUGAUCGACGAGACUCUUGCUGCGCUGUCCUCGACGCGUAAGAAGCGCAAGCCGCCCACGGGCUACAUCACACCGGCCGAGGUCAAGAGCUUCACCGCUACGCACACGGUCCCAUCCCUUCACUCCCCCUCGCCGGCCGGCAUCACAUCCCUGGCGGUCUCGAGCGCCAACCCGUCGCAGUUCCUCACGGGUGGCAACGACAAAAUCGUGCAACUGUACGACCGCAGCACCGACAAGGUUCUGGCCACCCUCAAAGGCCACACGAAAAAGAUCAACCAUGUGGCGUUGCGAGAAGCGGAGGGAGAGCCUACUCUGCUGAUCUCUGGCAGCGCAGACAAAGUCGUCAAGAUCUGGUCGCACGACUCUGCGUCUGGGGAGUAUAUCCCCAAGUCUACCAUCCGCUCGCACAAGGGAGAGAUCACGGGUCUCGCGCUGCACCCGAAACAGACGCUCCUGGCUGUUGGCUCGGCGGACAAGACGUACAGCAUCCACGAUCUGAACACCUUUGGGCAGAUCUUCCAGUCGGCGCCCGGGGAAGAUGUGUUCUCGUGCAUGAACAUCCACCCGGACGGAACCCUGCUGGCGUUCGGGACGCCGACGUCCAAGGUGCAUAUCUUCGACAUCCGCGCGGGCAGCGUCGCCGCGAUUCUCGAGCCGCCCGAGGGCGCGCCGCCGUUCACGAUCAACACGCUGUCGCUGUCCGAGAACGGCUACCACCUGCUCGCGCCCGACGCGCCGUCCUCCGUCGCCGUGUGGGAUCUGCGCAAGCGCAAGACGGCACACACGAUCGAGCUGGGCGGGGACUUCAAGGUGAACAAGGUGCGCUACGACUACAGCGCGCAGCUCUUCGCUGUCGCCGGCAGUCUCGGCGCGCGGGUGUUUGCACACAAGACGUGGGAGGAGCUCGUGCGAUUCGAAGAGGGCGGGGAGGUCUCUGAUGUUGCUUUUGGCCCGCUGGGCAAAGAGCUGUGGGGCGCUGCUGGCCGGGAAGUCAGGAUCUGGGGAGCACCCGUGUAG